UUCUGUUCCCUACCCGGCCUCAUUUAACACUUGCCUGACGCCUAUCUUAACCUCGAUACGCUUGUUUCCGCACGACCUUGAACGACGAACAGGAACGACGAGGAACACGGCGCAGAGAACGGCUAUACCUCUCGAGAGGUAGCUGAGGAGUGUUGAUCAUUCUCAUCCUCGGGAUAGCCACGCCCUAGAGUAUCGCAGCCCGCCAGAAUCAAUUUUCCAACCUUCCGAUAUUCGAAAUGGCAUACAACAACGGCGGGUAUCAGGACCAGCAGCGGCCCUAUGCAGGACCGGCAGCACGAGCACCCCGCGGGCCACCUGGAGGGGGCUACCCUCCGGCACCACAACAAUACGACCAGUAUCAAGACAACUACGAUUAUGGUUACGAUCAAUACGAUAAUGGUUAUGGACAGGAUUACGGCCCUCCACCGCAAGACAUGGGCUAUGGCAGAGGUCCACCGCCCCCUAACCGGGGUUAUCCGCCCCAGGACAUGUACGGACCUCUCGGACCUGGCGGUCUUGGCAGGGGAGGCCGUCCUCCUCCGUCUGGUGCUCCCCCCAGGGGGGGAGGACCGAUGCGUGGGCCCCCUUUCCCCCGCGGUGGUGGGCAGGCCCCGGGUCCUGGUAGAGGAUAUCCGCCUCUCGGCCGAGGUGGUCGACCAGGACCCCUCGAGCGAUCGGCUACCUCGGACUUUAAUGGCAACCGUCACCCGCCUCCGAUGGCAAGCCCGAACGAACAUGAUUUCGGUAGUCCAUUCCCCGUAUUUCCCGGACAUGCCAGGAGGACCGAUCUGGACGAGGAGAACGAAAUCUUACACAAGAUGGGCGGGAUUGAUCUUAAUGGGGCGAGGGCGCCGAUGUCUCCGCCAAACAACGCUGGUCCUGGAAGAGGCGGACCUAGAAGGGCGCCAUCUAUGGACGAGUACGGGCGUCCAUCUAUGGAUGGUCAAAGAGGUGGGAGGGGAGGUCUUCCCCCACAAGGCCCCCCCCAAGGUCCCCCCCAUGGGUAUCCGGACCCAAGACGUGGCCCGCCGCCCGAUCAGGACUAUGGAUAUCACGACAGCGGAUAUGGUCCCCCGAUGUCGCCUACCAGAGAUGGAUUUGGACCUCCUCCCAGAAGCAUGACAAUGCCUGCUAAUAACGACUACAUGCGGAAUGCUAUGCCUCCACCGCGCAUGGAUGGCCCCCCCUAUAAUGGCCCCCCAGCACGUAAUAUGCCUCCCCCUCAACGGCCAUCCACCGCCCAGGGCGGCCGGCCCCCUCCUCAGAGGACGUAUCCUGACCAGGGCCCGCCGGUACAAUUCAAUAACGGAGGCUUGCAACCUCCGGGCUGGAACGAUGAGCCGGACCGUUCUUCCUUUGGCGACUUCUACGAUUCUUACUACGACCAGGGACCGGGUGGUGAACAAUACCCUCCCGGUCCGCCCGGUCCGCCCGGUCCGUCUGGUCCGUCUGGCCCACCUGGCCCUCCGGGCCCUCUUGGCCCGCCCGCGCCCAUCGGUCCACCUGGUCAUGGAAACCAUUUCCAGGAAGAGAUCCCGGACUUCAACGCCGUUCCGUCGCAGCGCCCGCGUGAGUCUCUUGAGCAGCAUAUGACCACCGGCCAGCCUGGAAUGCCUCAACCCGGCCCUGGUCGACUGCCCGAAAUGUCGAGAGCUAAAUCGCAGCCGAACUUACGUGAGCCCCAAGCUGCUAUUUUCGAAAUGGCCGGCGAUAUGCCACCUGUACCAGAGGGCGGGUUCCAAGCAUACAAACCUCCAAGCGCAGGCCCCGGUCUACCUGGAAACCCUGCUGCUAUGAGGCAAAACUCACAAGGAGGAUUCCAAGGCGGCCCUGGUUCCGGACAUCCGGCUCCUAUUCGUCCUGGACUCAUGCCGAAUUCAAUGGUCAACAUGAACGAGAAGCCGGCUCCCGUCCGUAACUAUAACGAGAGCCCUUCUGCGGCUGCCGGAGCACAAGCCCGUUCUCCACCGCCGGCGCAGAAUGGGGGACGGCCUGCUGGCGUUGAGAAGGUGCCGGUCACUAUCGAGGAACUAGAGCGUCUCCGGGCUGCUAUAAAAAACGAUCCGAAUGAUCAGCAGUCGGCCCUCACGCUCGCUAAAAAACUCGUCGAAGCGGCAGAUGUCCUCGUCCCCCGACUCCCCGAUCCAAAGUCAAGGGCAAGAUCCCGCGAACGGUACCUAGUGGAUGCGCAUAAGAUUCUGAAGAAGCUCGUCAGCGCGCAAAAUUCGGAUGCGAUGUUCGUCCUAGCAGACUGCAUGGGCCGUGGCGUGCUAGGCGAGACUGACAACAAGGAAGCCUUCACACUUUACCAGUCUGCUGCGAAGCUAGGAAACGCUGCUGCAGCCUAUCGAACAGCCGUGUGCUGUGAGCUAGGCAAUGACGAAGGAGGCGGCACGCGUAAGGAUCCGCUCAAGGCGAUUCAGUGGUAUAAGCGUGCUGCUACUCUAGGAGACACACCCGCGAUGUAUAAGGUUGGAAUGAUCUUGCUGAAGGGACUGCUUGGUCAGCCUAAGAACCCGCGGGAAGCUGUGGGGUGGCUGAAACGGGCCGCGGAGCGAGCAGAUGCCGAGAAUCCCCAUGCCCUCCACGAACUAGGGCUCCUGUAUGAGUCGGCGCAGCCCAAUGAUGCUAUCGUACGCGACGAAGCCUAUGCCUUUAAGCUAUUCGAGCAAGCGGCUCAGCUAGGUUACAAAUUCAGCCAGUUUAGAAUGGGGUGUGCCUAUGAGUACGAGCUUAUGGGCUGCCAGAACAACCCGCGCCUAUCCAUUAUGUGGUACAGCCGGGCCGCUGCUCAAGAAGAGCAUCAGUCAGAACUGGCGCUUAGCGGUUGGUACCUGACAGGGAGCGAUGGUGUCCUACAGCAAAGCGAUACGGAGGCAUACCUAUGGGCGAGAAAGGCGGCUCUAGCUGGGCUGGCGAAGGCCGAGUAUGCCAUGGGUUAUUUUACGGAAAUCGGCAUUGGUGUGCCCGCCAAUCUAGAGGACGCGAAACGUUGGUAUUGGAGAGCAGCAAGUCAGGACUUCCCCAAAGCCCGGGAGCGUCUGGAGGAUUUGAAACGAUCUGGCAAGAACGGGCCUCGUCAGCGGGAGCGCAUUUCUCGAAGCAAGAUGGGCAAACAACAGGAGGGCGAGUGCUCCGUGAUGUAGGAUGCUCGGGCCACACCCACCAAAC